AGGCACCACUCCCUUUUCUACUCCAAGCUUCGAGAGGGUGGCUUUGAGGGAGUAAACCUCUGUGAAUGUUAGCGUCAAGAAUGGCGACUCUCAUAGCAUCGGCAGACAACACUGAAUCAUUCUGCGGCAACAGCAUCACCAGUAGCGUGACAAUGAAGCCGCCCGUCGGCUCCGUGCAUCACUUUGACGACGGUAGAUUUUACAUGCUGGUGGUAGUUGGGGAGGUAGUCUCCACUGAGCAAUUAAAGUGUGCUAUCGAAGACAUAGAAAAAGGAAUUUGUUCAUGGGACAUAAAUCUCAUAGAUUGCAACUUGGACCAGGAGCUGAAGCUCUUCGUUUCUCGACAUUCUGCCAGGUUUUCUACUGAAGUGCGAGGACAGAAGAUUUUGCACCACAAAAGCAGUGUACUGGAGACAGUUGUACUGAUCAAUCCUUCAGAUGAGACACUUAACUCUGAGGUUCGCCUGUUGAUUGCAGAUGCAGCUCGUCACAAAAUGCUUGUUCUAGCUGGACAAUGCUUAGAAAACACAGGCGAGCUAAUACUUCAGUUGGGUUCUUUUUCAUUUUUCAACUUUUUCGACAUUUUCAUGGAUCAAGAGAUUGAAGAACUUUUGAGCACCAUACAUCCAUCCAACAAACCUAACCUGAACAUUUUUUGUCCUAAACAUGGAGAGUGGAAAAAUUCCAACCUUGAUAAACACAAGCUACAGGACUUUAUUAAUAUUAAACUUAACUCUUCACCAAUCCUUCCAGAAAUGGAGGGCCUUUCAGAGUUUACAGAAUACCUUUUAGAAUCAGUGGAAAUUCCAUCCUCCUUUGACAUACUUGAACCCCCCAGCUCUGGUGGGUUCCUAAAAUUAUCCAAACCAUGCUGCUACAUUUUCCCUGGAGGCCAAGGUGAUUCAGCACUUUUUGCUGUAAAUGGUUUUAACAUGCUAGUAAAUGGUGGAUCUGAUAGAAAAUCCUGUUUUUGGAAGUUGGUACGUCAUUUAGACCGUGUAGAUUCAAUCCUUUUGACACAUAUUGGAGAUGACAACCUUCUAGGAAUUAAUAGCAUGCUGCAGCGGAAGAUUGCAGAACUAGAAGUAGAGGAGUCAAAGGGAUCCACAACCGUUUAUGAAUCGACAAAAAAUUUUAUUUCUCCCGACCUUGGUGUUGUGUUCCUUAACGCUCCUCAGACUCUUGAAAAUCCGGAACCAAACUACAGGGUACGAAAGAAUAUUGUGGAAGCAGCUCUUACUAUGCAGUACCUCAGCAAGCUGUCUUUAAAACCAGAACCUCUGCAAAGGAAUACAGGGAAUACAAUUGAACCUAUUAUACUCUUCCAAAAAAUGGGUGUUGGCAAGCUGGAAAUGUAUGUUCUUACCCCAGCAAAGAACAGCAAGGAGCUGGAAUACUUUAAGAAACAGUGGACAGCCAGUGAGAAUAGCAGGGCUUCUAGUCUAUUAUCAAACGAAAAUGAAUCAGAGCUUCCGAUCUCAUAUUUAUCUUCAAUCUCUUCAUUAAUUGUGUGGCAUCCUACAAACCCAUCAGAGAAAAUAGUGCGUGUUCUGUUUCCAGGUAAUGCCACACAGUAUAACAUUCUUGAAGGCCUGGAGAAACUUAAACAUUUGGAUUUCCUCAAGUACCCCAUAAUCACAGAGAAAGAGCUCUCUUCAAACAUGGCACCAGGACUCAAUCAAGCAAAGGUAAACCAUAAGACAGAUAGCAAGGAGAGUCUGAAGUCACUCUUAAAAUCAUCACCAAACAAAGUCAUCAAAAAGGUAAGCAAUGAACCCCCUGAAAAGGCACAAAAAUAUUCUAAAGGAUCUCAGGAAGUAUUGCUGAAAACAGAGAAAAAAGAGAAAUCUUUAGGCAAACAAGCAACAACAGAAAGGGUAUUAAAGCCGAAAACUGAACAAUCAUCCAAAAUGGAGACUCUGGUUAAACAGAAGGUUGAUACUAAACCAAAAUUGACCCCUAAGGAUAAAACAGCAAAGCAGGAGGUAAGGAAGGUGGUAAAUAAGAUUAAGAAUGAUAAAAGUGUUGAUGAAACACUUGACAAACCCACACCCAAAAGAGAUAUGGUGAAUGACAAGUUAAAAAAAAAAGACAUCAAGAAACAGGGUAAAAAACAGGACACCGGGAAGGAUUUACCUGUAAAGGAUCCCAAAAAAGAAGAGGUUAAGAAGGAUGAAAAAGAGUCUAAAAAAGACUUUAAAAAGCAUGCAAGUUCUAAAAAAAGUACUUCUAGCACAAGUGAAGUAAAAAAGCCUGCACUAAAUCUAAAGGAACCAACACAAGGGAAAAAAAUCGGCAGCCCUAUAAAGUCUAAGGACAAAAAUAACAUCAAACUUUUAAAAAAAGAUAAUGGAAAAUCUGUCUCAAAAACUGUUGCGGCUGAAUCUUUUUUGGUGGAGACACAUACUACUUCCAAUAUUACAAAUCCGGAGCCUCUAGAGGAUGAAAUAUCCCUGAUGUCCUCCCCAGAAGACCUGACAAAAGAUUUUGAGGCUUUAAAAGCUGAAGAAUUUAUUGAAGGGAAUGAAAACAUACACCAGGCCGAACUAGAGGAUUUUAUGGUGGGCAAAAUAAUUCAGCAGCAAGAAAUCAAUGGUUGCAGUGACUAUCCAAAAAAUGAUGAUUUUGAUCAAUUAUUGGCUACUAAGGCAGAGGUGGAAAGUCAGGAAGUAGAAACUGAACAAAUUACAAAUGAAAUCAAGUGUGAAGUGUAUUCUGAGUCAGAGUUUUAUAAGGAAAAGGAAGAUACAGAAGACAUGGGUGAACAUGAACAAGGGAUGGAUGAGUGUGUACCAGAGGAAGAAGUGCAAAAAGAAAUAAAAAAAGGAAAUUUGAACAACACAGGUGUAGCAGAGGCCAAAAAUCACGAAAUUGAAGAAGAGAAUUUAGCUGUGGAUGCUUAUAAGUCACCUGUUACUGUUUCACCAGCAGAUUCCAUCCAUGAUAAAGCUUUACCAGUUAGGUCGGAUAAUGACUUAGUCUCAGAUGACGAGAAUCGAGAUGAACCUCCAGAAGAAUACACAACAUCUGCCCAUACGCAAUCUACAAUUGAAAUCUCAAGUGUACCGACUCCCAUGGAUGAAAUGUUAACUCCAAGAGAUAUUAUGAGCGAUGAGACUACAAAUGAAGAAACAGAGUCUCCCUCUCAGGAUUUGGUAAAAAAUUUGAUUGAGUGUGAUCAAAAGAAAAAAACAGCCCUCCAAGAUAUUCCUGAGGUAGAUCAUUCAAAGAGUGCUGCAACAGAAGGUCAUGAUUAUGAAGUGUCAGCUUCUACAGUUUCACCAGCAUCUUCAUUGGAAGAGGAUAGAUCUCAUAAGGAUUUCUUCAGAAAACAUAGCAGUUUUGCCUCAGAGGACCCUGUUGACGCAUCUACCGUUUUGCCACUUGUAUGCUCACCAUCUGCAGACCAAAAUGUAUGCUUUGAUCACAUUAACACCAAUGUGUCCUCACCAGUUGAGCUUGGCACCAUAUUUAUGAUGUCAUCAGGAAUACAAGAUUGUGUAAACAGUUCAGAAAAUAGAACAUUAGAUGACACUUCAUCUCCACAGUCCCCAGGGCAUACACCUUAUUAUCAGUCUCCAGUAGAAGAGUUGACUGAAACUAUGUCCUUUAAACAGGCCACUAUUAACCAAGGCCCCAUUAUUGUUGAAUUAAUAAAUGAUAAAAAGAACUGUCUCAAAGAGGCUAGUCCAAUUGAUGAAGCUGUCCCCAUUUCAUCAGCAGAGAAAAAUCUACCCUCGGACUGUAGUUCAGCAGCCUGUGGCCCUGCAUUAUUAAAUGAAGGAAAGCCACUCUUUGUUCAUCAACCUGCAGCUCAGAUAUGCCAUGAUAAAACAUCUCAAAGUGUUGACAGAUUCUCUAAUUUAUCUUCAUUGUCUUCUUUUGAUACAAUGCAUUUCAUACAAAUCAAAGAGGACAGUAAAAUGUCCAUUUCUGAAGGAACCACUUCUGAUAAGUCAGGCACUCCAGACGAGGUUGUUGCUGAGGAUACAUUUUCUCAUAUUGCCUCAGCAUCAACAGCAUCACUUGCAACAAGCUCUUUGCCAGAGCCCACCACAGAUGAUGUCUCCCCAUCAUUACAUGCUGAAGUGGGUUCCCCACAUUCCACAGAGGUGGAUGACUCACUGUCUGUCUCUGUUGUGCAAACUCCAACCACAAUGCAUGACACAGAAGUAUCUCCAUCUAAGGAGGAAAACCUGCAACCUAUGGCAAUAUCUCCAGAUGUUUCGCCCAAAACAACUAAACUAAGGACACAUCAACAGAACACAAAGGAUCCUGAAUAUUGCACCAAGUCAGUGGAGUUCAGACUGGAAUCUCCGGGUCAUUCUUCUUCAUUUGACCUUUUUACACAAUCCUCAGAGCUUUUGGCAUCAGGAGGUGCAGUCACCGAAAAUGGUCCAACAGAGGUUGACUACAGCCCUUCAGAUGGAGCUGAUCUUAGAUCAGGAGAAAUGUGCAGACAAGCAAGGACUGUUGGCAAACCCAUACUUUUUGAAGAGACUGAGACCAGCAGAGCUGCCUCCGUAUCCCCAUCAGAUGAUUCUCAGUCUACACCAUCUGUUAUAACACCCUCUCAAUCUGGCCCCAUAGAAAUGCUUCCAAAUGCAGGCAGUAAUUCAGAAUCAGUUACACCAAUAAUAUCUUCUCACAAUCAAUCACCUCUGUCCCCUGACAUAUCUCCAAUUCUAAGUAGUGCCAACCAAAAUAUAGCAAGUGAUAAUAGCAUUUUUGGGUCCAAGGACACCAGACCAAAAGCUGUUUCCCUUUCAUCACCAAACUCUUGUCCUCCAGGUAGGACAGAUGCAGUUAUAACUGAUAGAGAUAUUGGUGGUUCUCAUGCUGAGUCUAAAUCACCAAUCAGUCCAUUAUUGUCAUCUCUGUCCCAUUCUAUUCUUCCUGUGUCCCCUAAUCAAGAAUUUUCUAGGUUUUGUUUUAAUAAUGAUGCAAAAGAGAUAUGUACUGGUAGCACUGGAGAUCCAGACAGCUCCAAAAAAAAUGUUUUUCCUCCAUCAAGAACAAAUGUUGAUUUAUGUCUAGUGCCCUCCUGUGAAUACAAACAUCCAAAGACAGAGCUUUCACCAUCAUUCAUAAACCCAAACCCUCUUGAGUACUUCAUAAAUGAGGAGAAUCCUCUACAAGAGGAAAAACCAUUUAAAUCUAGAGGAGGAUCACCCCAAAGUGGAAAAAAGCAGCUGAACAGCCAGCAUGAGGAAACUCCUCCAACCUCCGUAAGUGAAUCUGCACCAUCGCAAACAGAUUCUGAUGUUCCUCCUGAAACCGAAGAGUGUCCAUCCAUAACUGCAGAUGCAAACAUUGAUUCAGAGGACGACUCCGAAACUCUACCAAGAGACAAGACAAUCACUUAUCGCCAUUCAGACCCUCCUCCGGUCCCAUCAUUGGACUCUGCCCCAGCACCAUUUUUUCCUAAUGUGUGUAUGGUGGAUCCAGAAGUUCUUAAAGCUGAAGAGAACAAUAAUAGGAGGGAUGAAAAGAAAGGGAAAAAAAGGAAACCUAUCAAAAAAACAAACUUGUCUUCAUCAGCUACAAAAAAUGGAGUAUCUAAAACAAGUGUGAUUAAGGAGUUAAAAACGCCUUUAAAAAGAUUUACAGAGGGAAAAGAUGCCAAAAAUGCAACUAAUACUUCAGCAUCAAGAGAUGCUAAAACAUCAGAAAAACACAAUGACAACACUGGACUACCUGUACCAGACUGUCCUCCAAUGUACAUGGACUUAGUUUAUAUUCCUAAUCACUGCAGUGCCAAAAAUGUGGACAAAGAGUUCUUCAAGAGAAUUCGAUCCUCAUACUACGUGGUCAGUGGCAAUAAUCCAACGCUGCAGGAGCCCAGCAGAGCAGUCCUAGAUGCUUUGCUGGAGGGAAAGGCUCAGUGGGGAAAAAACAUGCAGGUCACACUUAUUCCUACCCAUGACACUGAUGUUAUGAGGGAGUGGUAUCAAGAAACCCAUGAGAAACAGCAAAACUUGAAUAUCAUGGUUUUGGCCAGCAGCAGCACUGUGGUUAUGCAAGACGAAUCCUUCCCUGCAUGUAAGAUAGAACUGUAAUAGCAAAUGACAGCUCAUCCCCUAUCAUUCAGUUAAGUAUAUAAAAGAACAUGUUAAAUAGCUUAUUAAAACUUUUUGACUGGUAAAUGGUUUUGUUCUUACCACAAAUAAGCUGUUUUACCAAAGUAUAUCAUUUUGGGUGCACCAAUAGCUAAAAGGUAUAUAAAAUCAAUAAUUUAAAAUAAACUUUAUCCUUUAACUUUGUACAA